UUAAUAACCGACGGAUCAAUGAGGGGGUGGAUUAUGCAAUGAGUAUCGUCCUACCGAAAAGGGCCAAUGUCGACUUCCUAGCACCGUCGCAGGCUCUGCAGGAUGCAAAAAAGAAACUUGGGCCAAUUUUUUUUGAUGCCAAAUUAGUUGAAUGUCCGCAAAAUGCUGUGGAACUUUCAAAACUAAUACAAGAAUGGGAUGAAAUAGACAAGAAAAAAUUCAAGGCUAUUGAAGAGAAUAGAAGAAAUCAGAGAGUAUUGUUACAUACACUGGGUUCAAGGUACACUUUUUCUAAACAUGUGACAGAUUUUAGCUCUGCCUCCGACCUGAGAGAUGUAAAACUCCCACCUCCAGGCUUCCGUUAUCAUUCAAAUGGAACACCAAAGUUGUCUCUUGUACCCGAUCAAGACCUGUUUUCUGAAUAUACUCCAUCACAAAGCUGGUUUGAGUCAAAGUUUGAAGGAGACGACAGGGAAAUAGGAAGGCCAUUAAGUCCCCCACAAAGCAAUUUGCAUGAUAACAAAAUAUUUACGAAUGUUUCGGAAAUUUCAAUUAAAAAUAUACCCGGCAAUGUUAUCCCGUCUCCAGAGAAUUCUGGCACACCACCGACAAUGAGGGAUAAAUAUGUCCAAGGGGAAUCGAGAAUCACUAUCGAAAAGACUGAGACGCAUGAACCGUCUCUCAAUAUUGAUUAUGAAAACGAAAUAAAAAAUCUUGAAAACAUCAUUAAGGAAAUAAACGAGGAUCUUGAGAAAAACAACAUCGACCUUUAUGAAAAUUCCGGCAGCGUCAAAGGUAAAGUUUAUGCGUUUCUAAGGGCGCAUGCUCGCGGCGACAAAGUAUCCCUCAAACAGCUUUUGGAACCUCGCGAAUCUUCUCGACCUAACGAUAGAUUUGCAAUACCUCCUGGAUCUUCAACAUUUGAUGUCCGAGACUCUUUACGAAAAUCAAAGAGCUCGAAAUCUGAUCUCCAUAAAAGAACAUUUAACACCCGUACCCAUGGCAACUGUGUGGCAUGUGUGUGCAAAAUCAAACAUGACAAUGCCGCAUUGACACAGAAGAGGAAGGAUAUGAGUAAAACGGUUCUCAACCGAUGGAACAGCUCUACGCGCGGGGAGAUGCACGAGACUGUUACAGGCUUGUCAACAGCGUUCCUCAAACAGCGUGCAUUUUCAGCUGUGACUUUACGUAGGAAACAAAGUACUUCUUCACAGGCAGGUCGUGAUUUUCCCAUAAGACUAUCGAAAACUCCAGUUCCUCGCAAGGACGUUGAAGAACCAGAUACAAACAUACGCACUAAGAACUCAUCACAUGUGGUAUUCAGGACAAAGAGUCCGUCUACAAAUACUUCUUUGUUAUUUAGGGCCACAAAGAGCACUCCCGAAACUUCGAUAAGUAAACAGCAGAGUUUGAGAGAACAAGUGAAACUAAGAAAUGCCAAGAGCGCCGUGAGUGGGAGAACAAUUGACACACUUGAAAAGAGAGCCCAGAGCGCACUGUUGGCGCGACCGUCCUCCUGUUCCAGAGACCAUCUGUCCAGAAUUGAUUUCCUCAAAGCCGAUGCGCGUUUGGAAGAAAAAGAGUGUUCGCGAAAAGUGGCAGCGUUCGUCGAGAAAAUCAAGAAAAUGACUGCUCCACCCAAACCAAACAUUGCUUUUAUUUAGUGUAUAGCACUGACAUCUUCUCCCAUCCCCUAGUGGGAGUCAAAACAGCUGUCCUAAACCCGUCCACAGCUGGGUAUACGGAAAACAUUUCGCUGUAACAAAGAACUAUGUAUAGCAAUUUUGAAAAUAGCUGCUUUUCAUUUCGAUUUUCAGUUUGAGGGUUUCACAUCAGGGGCGCCGUGAUUGACGGUAAGGUGAACACGUGAUCGAUAGUAACCACAAAUACAUUUUCCAGCCAGCAA